UCACCACUCACUCACCAAUUGAAACUCCCCGUCCAUUCAGUCCGCAGACUGGGUGAAACAUGAUCAUCAAAUGUAGUCAAAGCGCGACGCAUGGUAACUAUCUCCUGUCUCUCGCUCCCCCCUGGCCUUCCGAAAAUCGGCCACUAUCACGCCAAGUGCCCCCUGCUCGCCCAUCUUGUCCAUGUCAAUCCAGCGGAAGCACGCCUCAUCCUUGCUGCGGAACCACGUCAGCUGACGCUUGGCGAAGCGAUACGUGUCAGUGACGAUGCGCUCUCGCAGGGCCGUCAGCUCUUCGCCGUUCAGCACACCGUCUGGACUCUUGCACUCUGCCAAAGCGGCGAGCACUUGCCUGUAGCCGACGGCCUUGGAUAGCGAUAUGUUGUCUUCCAGGCCGCUGUUCUUGAGCUGCUUCACUUCAUCGACCAGGCCGUCGGCGAGCAUGCCGUCGAGGCGGGCGGCGAUGCGCGUGCGCAAUACGUCCCGCGGCCGCACGAGGAACCAGCCCCUGACGUCCCACGUGCCUUGAUCGACUAGGAAGCCGCGACGCCACUCCUCAUCGGCCAGUGGUGGUGGCGCAUCAUCCCUUGACUCCUCAAUCAGGGUAUCCGUUGCCCCGAAAGGGAAGUCGCUGACGCGCUUGUUGGACGACAGACAUAUCUCCAGUCCCCGCAGUAUUCUCUUGCGGUCGUUGACGCUCAGUUUGGCGGCAUAGAGGGGGUCGAUAGCAUUCAGUCUGUCCCACAUGGCGGUCGUGCCCUCCUCGUCCGCCUCAUCCUCCAGUUGGGACCGCAGCGCCAUGUCGGGUCCAGGAGCCUCCGACGGUCCCCAUAGCAGCAUGCGUGUGUACAGCCCAGUUCCCCCGACGAAGAUGGGCGUCUUGCCCCGAGCCAACACACCGGGCAACACCUCCUUCCUGACCAUCUCACACACAUCAAAGGCCGUCACGUUGCGCUCCGACGGCUCGAAGGUGUCGAUGAGAUGGUGUGGGAGGCCGCGCCGCUGCGAGGGAUGGAUCUUGCCCGAGCCGAUGUCGGCACCCUUGUAGAUUUGCACUGAGUCGAGAGAGAUGAGCUCGCCGUCGAGGGCUUCAGCGAGGUCAAGGGAGAGGUCCGUCUUGCCCGCCGCCGUCACGCCGGCAAUCAUCAACACCUUCGUUGGCGGCUUCCCUGCUGACAGUGACUCAUCAGCCGCAUCCAGAAAAGCCGAACUCUUUUCUGUGGUCAUCAGGUAUAGCGAGGAAUGAUGUUGUCCUGCACUUUUCCGUCCUCUCAGCAACAAGGGCAGCGGACGGGAGAAGGAUGCGGGGCAGCGGGAGAACGCAGUUUGUGAUGAAUCAGAGAAAGGAGAGGCUUGUCGGACGGCCACAGUGAGCG